AUGUCUUCGGUUCCUACUGAGACCCAGAAAGAUGAGACCUUCUUGUGCAUAGGGCCUUUGAGCCCUGAUCUGCCCUGCCUGGAAUACAUCCAAAGCGUUAUCGAAUGCUUGAAGAUCAAGACCUUCGAGAUCUGCAAUAAAAAGCCUAAUCUAUUCCCGGCUGCAUGUUAUCAUCGUGUCUAUACUAUCUAUGUUGACUCCAGCCGUGAUAUCGAGAAACAGGUCGAAGAGUACCUUCCCAACCUUAUUAAAUUCCUGGAAAAGAACAUGGAACAAGAGAAGGAGUAUCGUACCAAGUCAUUGGAAGGCUAG